CUGCAACUGCAACCACAGCUCUGACCUCUCCUCUACGGCUCUACCAGACUCCAAAAGUCCCAAGUCCCAGCAUCCCUCCCCCGUGGCGUUGGCGUGCCCCGUCCCCUCGUCCCCGUCUCGGUCUCAAAAGCCUCGCACACCAGUGCACCACCACCACGGGCCACGGCACCAUCUCCAGACUCCCGAGGGGACCAUCACCGCCGCCUGCCCUUCCUUCUCCCACCUGCACCGCCGCCUCCAAUUCCCGCCCGCCCCACUGCCAUUGUGCGCCCCCGGAAUGGCGUCACGCGGAGGAGAUCCGGUAAACCAACUCUAGCUGAAGUGACGAGUGGCAGCAUUGUUCAACCGUGCGGCUUCUGCUUGGCUGACGGUUUUCAUCAAAGCGAUUCUCAUAGAAGCUGGCUGAAAAGCUGGGCGUUUGGCAGUCCGCAACAACUUCUGGUGGCCAGAAGCUGAAAAAAAUAAAACAAACAGGGCCAUAGGUCUAAGGCCCGGUCGUGGUUGUGGUCGUUUCUCACAUGGGUUACGGUGCCGCUGUGUAUGGUUGGGGUAGAGGUUCAGGGGUUUUCUGACCUGUGUGAGGAGGUCUUCUUAAUAUAAUGUCCGGGGCUUGUCUUACCCCGCAGGAAUUGUGAUGGAUCCAGAAAAACAAAAUGAAAUGAGCUUGAUGGACAAGAGACAACUAGUAUACGAAGUUGCAAGAUGGCCGCAAGGUGCCGUGGAGAUUCUUAAGUGCUGGACUCGAAGGGAACUUCUUGAGCUUAUCUGUGUUGAGUUGGGCAAAGAGAGGAAGUAUACCAAUGUCCCAAAAGCUAAGAUGAUCGCUUAUCUCUUGAAAUUAGUUUCACGAAAGAGUGGAAAGAAUGGGCAACUCAAGGAUGAUAAUGCAAAUGUUAUGUUAUUAGAGCAGGAUAACAAAGAUGAAACACAAAUGAAGGAAUCUGAGGAACAAGAACAAUCACGACCACUCAAAACUGCAAACUCUGACUCAUCAAUACGUAGAGAGGCUCAUGCCUGUUGUUCAGUGGUGUGCAGCAAUGUUGCAUGCCAAGCCACACGGAAUGCAGGAGAUAAUUAUUGCAAACGUUGCUCUUGCUGCAUUUGCAAUAAAUAUGAUGAUAACAAAGACCCUAGCUUGUGGUUGGUUUGCAGCUCUGAUAAUCCAUACAGUGGUUGUUCAUGUGGUGUCUCUUGUCACCUAAACUGUGCUCUAAAGAAUAAAAAGGCUGGCAUUGUCAAUAAUGGCUGCAACAAGUUAGACUGUAGUUUCUACUGUGUUAGCUGUGGGAAAAUCAACUGGCUAAUGAGGAGUUUGCAGAAACAACUUGCAAUUGCUAGGGAGGCAAGAAGAGUUGAUGUGCUUUGUGAGAGGCUGUCAUUGAGCCAUAAAAUGGUAAAAGGAUCUGAACGUUAUAAGGAAAUAACGAGCAUAAUCAGCUCAGCUGCGAAAACACUUGAAAAAGAAGUUGGUGGUGCAUUAGAUCAGGUUUCUGCGAUCACGGGGCGUGGCAUUGUUAACCGGCUUACUUGUGGUGCUGAAGUUCAGAAGCUUUGUUCAAGUGCAUUAGAAAUUGUAGACUCUACAGUGGAUAGCAUCUUGGAGUUCGAGUCAAAUAAUAGUCCAAAACUCUUAGGUCCCCAGCCCCAAAUCCUUUUUGAUGAAAUCACUCCAUUUUCUGUGGUAAUUGUGUUGAACUAUCAGGAUAGCAUCGGUAAGGAGCAGGUUGAUGGUUCCAAAGUUUGGCACCGAAGUGCCAAGGUUUGCAACUAUUCAUCGGAGCCCACAUGCCACAUAUUGAGGCCAAAUACUAGGAGCCUGGUUUCUGGUCUGAGCCCUUCAACUGAAUACUUCUUCAAGGUUUUGCCUUUUAGCAGCGUACAGGGGUUUACUGAGUGGGAGGCAAAAUGCAGUACACGCAGCCUGGACCAUGGCAGCAGCCAGUGCUCAACUCAGAACUCUGAGAGCAUGUGCCUCAAAGUGGAUCCAAUGCAGCAUCAGAAAAAGGAUUUGAAUGUGCAGAAUCAUCAGAGAACUAUUCAAUAUGAUUCACCUAAGGGGUCUACAAAUUCAAGUGAGAACAAUUUAUUGUGUGACCGGUAUUCCAAGCGGGCUAAGGUUGCAAGGCUAGAUGGUGCAAGUGACAAUGAUGAAAGCCAGUUGCCGCCAACUUCUGAAGUUUUACCGUUUGCAAGCUCCAACUACUCUCCUUCCGAAGCUCCAAGUAAACCUGACUUGCUUAUUGGCACCCCAGAUUCGGCAUCCAAGAACUAUGUGGAGCAGCAGUACGAGUACUGUGUGAAGGUGGUCAGAUGGUUGGAGCAUGAAGGGCACAUGGACAAUGACUUCCGUGUGAAGUUCCUCACUUGGUUCAGUCUGAAGGCAACAGCGCAGGACAGGCGAAUCGUUGGCGCCUUAGUAGAUGUUCUUAUCGGUGAUCCUGCAAGCUUGGUUGCCCAACUGGUUGAUGCAUUCAAGGAUAUCAUCUACACCAAGGAGAAGCCCUUUCAAACACAACAGAAGGAUGCACGCUGCAAGAUUUGGCACUAGAAACCUUCAUAACUGCUCUGUGUCGCUGUGUGACAUCAUUUUUCUGGUAAUUUUCUGGCGACUGAAUGAUGAACUACUGAAGUUAUAUCACCUAGCAGAUUGCGUGCGGAUUCUGUUGAGAUGGAUAUUGUGCACUCUCUUAAAGGUUAUAAGAUGCUGUAGAUGCUUCAUUUGGCAUUCAGGUCCAUCAGAUCUCUCAUUUGUUCAUUCAAAUUCAGUCGGUAGGCAGACUAUUAAUCCAUGAAGACAAUCAUGGUGGAACCAUGUGCUGGUAAUCAUGAAUCGGUUCUGAGUUUAGGUUUCGACUAGUAAGUAGUUGAAGCUUGUUAGCAGACAAGCAACUGUAUUCAUAUGUGGAAUGCUAUGGUGGAUCUGCAAGCUAACUAUUGUGAAUUCAUAUCAUGACUUAAGAGAUGUUUAUUAUUAUUAGUUGACUUAUUUUUUUU